UAAAUAUGGCGUCCGAACGAGACGUCGAACCUGACUCUCCCGUCAUACCUUCUAAUUCAAUUGUUCCACAAACCAUUUUAGAGGAGUUAUGCAGCCGUUUCUUAAUCAACAUACCGGAAGAAGAAAGGAAAGAUGUCGUUCGGUUGUGCUUUCAGAUUGAGACAGCGCAUUGGUUUUACGUCGACUUCUACCGACAGGAGCGACCAGAUCUCCCAACCUGUGGUCUUAAGGAUUUUACGAGAAUAAUUUUUGAACAGUUUCCAUUUCUCAAUAAAACUGGGGAAAAUAUUGACAAAAUUUUCGAGAACUGGAAGAAGUACAAGUACAGUGUUCCUGUCUAUGGAGCAAUAUUGUUGAAUCAAAGCCUGGACAAGUGUGUGUUAGUGCAGUCAUUCUCGUCAAAAAGUUGGGGUUUUCCUAAAGGAAAGGUUAAUAAGGAUGAAUCAGGAUUUGAUUGUGCUGUUAGAGAGGUAUUAGAAGAGACUGGAUUUGAGAUGAGAUUUUAUGCAGACCCAGACACUUAUUUUGAACACAACUUCCAGGAUCAUCAGAUUAGAUUGUAUGUUGUCCCUGGAGUCCCUGAGAAAACAGUGUUCCAGCCACUCACAAGAGGAGAGAUUAAGAACAUACAGUGGUUUUACAUAGACAAUCUUCCCGCUCACAAGAAAGAUACCGUUUGCCGAGAAAACAUGGGACUAAAUCCAAGUGCUUUCUACAUGGUUAUUCCGUUUGUAAAGAACCUGCGGAAAUGGAUAUCGGCGCGACUUAAAGAAGCAAAUAAACCCAAUCCUGAGCCGGUUGCUUCGGAAACGUCGAGGAAUGCUCAACUUCAGAACCUACUCGCUAAAGAAGAGCAACGCUUAGAGCAAGAACAGAAACGCGCUGCUGUGGAAAGAAGAAGAAAGCAACAACAGGAGAAAUUCCAAUUGCAACACGAUCUAAAUCACCCCCUGCGAUAUCAUCACAUGCAACAGAGAGGAAGUACACCGAAAGAUUAUCAAGCUUUGCUAGAAGAAAAUUUAGCUCACCGUUCUUCUCCAGUUGCGAGAGAAAAGGAGGGUACGCCGGUCUUCAAGAUAUUACAGCGGCCAACUGACGAGUCAUACACUGAGGAACCUUUUAAUCCCAUACAAAAACUUCUCUCUGGAAGCUUGGGUUUUGGUCCCGUCACAGCACAUCAACCCUUUCCUCCUUUGGGCGCUGCCACUCCUGAGAGGGGCGCUUACCCCCCAUACCACCACAUGCACGGUGUUAUAGGUGUCCACAGAGAACAUUUAUCUCCUGGGACCCCUCUCAUGUCAUCGCGCUCAAAGCAGCCGGAAACGUCCCCUUCAGAACACAGCUGGGAAGAUAAAGAGUUUCAGUUCACAUCCCCGGCCUUUUUGAAUUUUACGUUUGACACCAAAUCGAUUUUAGCCUGUUUACCAACGUAGCUUACAGGAGAUUCGUUUCACA